AGUCAGUUACGGUGUCAUGACGCCAGCGAUGUCGUCUUUAUGCUGCGUUCAUAGCCCUGUUAUUGUGCUGCUUUGUGUGACCAGUGGGCGAGCUAACUAACUAACUAAACCAACUAACUAGCACCCGCUGCAGUGAUGUAGCUCACAGGACUUGACCCUGCUGCUAACCGUUAGCUCAUGUUACGGUCCUCACUGGACUCGAGGACCUGCUCCUGACCCACUUAACAAACCGCGAGCUUAGCCACAUGCUAGCACACUCGCUGCUGUGAGUUAGCGAUGUGUCGAUGUUUUGUUUUUCUUUCCAUGUCUUCCAGCCUUUUAGCCUAGUCCGUUUCGUUUGUAUUCAGUUCGUGUGCUGCUGUGGAACAGACUAAACUCACCGCCCUCGCCGUCUUUCAUGCCGUGGUCGCUGUCCGGAGUGGAACUGCUGCUGUAAAGAUGUGGCAAAGUGUCGGACUCACGCUGCUGGUCAUUGUGGCCACACUUGUCUGUGCGCUGCUCUUCAUGAUGUUUGGUUGGUAUGUAGUCUGGCAGCUGUUCUUGUCCAAAUUCAAGUUCCUGCGUGAACUCGUCGGGGACGCCAGCACCCCACAGGCUGACAGUCAGCCGUCCGAAACCAAGAGCGAACGUCCCACUAACGCCCCGGCUCGCAGUCGCCCCAGGACUGCACGCCAAAGAGUUGCCUCUCCAGAAAGCACCUCAUAGAUCACGCAGAUGAAAACCUGUCUCACCACGACGGCUCAUCAGCUCUCGACAAAGCUGUACAAGAUCAUCGGACCCCUGCACUCUACACUACACAAGGACCUUGUGCACACGUAGUAUUCAAACCUCUGUCUCCUCACCAGGACACUUUAAACUGACCAGGCAGAUCUCCUGGUUAUAAAAGGGAAAAGCCAUUCAUUAAUGUACAUUUUGUCCAUUUCUUUAUGUCCUCUGUUCAUAUGUUUAAUCAUGUACAGUCGUUUAUACUAAACAGUGAGUCUCGGGCUUCACUCUCCACCUCUGUGGAGUAUAAAGCUGCUCCCACGCGCACACAGACGUGUAUAUUCUCUCACCUUCACGUUGUAAUGGCGUAUUUUUAGCAGAUAACUGUCGACACUGAGCUCGUCUGCAUCAUUUCAACACGAGCCGCUGAAGACAACUGACAACUCUUACUGUAUAUAAAAGAUGUAACAAAGUGCAAUGAAGGAACGUCCACAGUGCUGCAUCUGUGAGGUAGAAACUGUUGUGCUUGGUAGGAAAUGCCCAAAGACAAAUGACAAGGCUUCAUUCCAGUCGUGUACAAUCUGACCUAAUUCUUGCAACUUCUCCUCCGCUCUGUUUUCAUAGAUUUAUUUUUACUUGAAAAGUCGGGAGAAUGUUCCUUUUAAGCGAUAGUCGGUGCUGAUGAAGCAUAGUUAGCAUAGCGACAGCACAACGCUAACCCACUGCAGAAAAUAAAGGUGUGUGUGUUCCCUGUGCCUCCGUCUGUACUAGUGCCUGUCGACAUGGCAUCCACCGUUACUGUUACCUGGCCUCAUGUUGUAUAACCAACAGUAGCUUUGUGCUUAAAUCAUCAAAGCUGAACCAGGGCCCAGUCAAUAUUCCCUCCAGGUACAACUCAUGUAACGAUUGCACCUUUUUAUUAGCAAUGACUUGCUUUUCUUCAGAGGAGCUGUAGCUUCAAAUAAAUAAUGCCAUGAAUAUGA